AUGCUUGUGCCCACUGAGAACAACCUUGUGGCUGAGCCACACCCGCCGCACUCACCACGUGACGGCCGCAGUUCCUUGGACCAAACACAGAGAAGAAUGCUGGGCCAGCCCCUUUCCAUCCCCACUGCCCAGCCCAAGAAGAAAAGGACGCCAAUGAUGUCUUUCUUCUCCAAGGUCUCUUGGAAACUGAGGUUCCAGAAGCAGGAACCUCUGAAGAAUGCGUUUUUAAUCUUGGCAGAGAGAGCCCGGGACCCCAGUGUUAAAAAGCGUCAUAUGGCAAUGAGAGGCCUGGGAACCAUGGCCUGUGAGAGCCCGGACAAGGUGAGAAAGUAUAAGAAAAUUGUCCUGGACUUGCUGGUGCAUGGACUGUAUGACCCGGUGAGUUCUGAAGUCAUCCAUGAGAGCGUGAAGACCCUGACCAUCAUCCUGGGCAAGACACAGGGGAAAGGCUUGGGCUCCUUCUUCAUAGACAUCACGCUUCAGGCCCGGACUUUGCUGGAUGAUGAGAAUGACAGCCUGAGAUACUCGGCUUUUGUCUUGUUUGGGCAAUUGGCUGCCUUUGCUGGACAGAAAUGGAAGAGCUUUUUCACCGGUCAGGUGAAGCAGACUCAAGACUCCCUCCUGACCCAUUUACAGGAUAGGAAUCCCCAGGUUGCCAAGGCUUGCAAAACGACUUUUCGAGCCUGUUCUCCGUAUCUGAGACAGAGGAAGGAAUACGGCUUCCAGAGUGAAGAGGAUCAAAGGAACCCUAAACUCUGCCGGCAGCUGAGCCACUAUCAUCCAGAGCUCCUGCAGUUUUUCUAUGCAAAUAAAAUUCUGUGAACAGAGAGCAGCAGAGAAAUGGAUCCUAGAGCACAUUCUCCCUCUUUUAACUGGAUGUUUCUGCUUGCCUCUUGUGAUUGUGAUAGAAAAGGGAAUGUCUGGCAAAAAUAAUACCGUGGAAUUGUGUAAUUAUAUCUAAAGGAGAUUCUAAGUAGCAUGUAUAUGUCUCAUUUUUCUCCCCAUACAAAUUUGAUGAGAAUUUGCAUAUUUUUCUUUAAAACAUUUAAAGUAUGUAUAGAUUCAUUGCUGAUUCCUCUGCUUUUUCCGUCUUAAGUUCAUCUCUGUCAUCUAUUUUUAUUUUUAAUUUUAUUUUUAAUUUCAAAGGCUUAGGAGAAAAACUAUGACCUGAAGUUUAAAAAUUUUUUUUUGCUAUUGAUACUUUGUCAUUUGCUUAUUAAUACCUUUUCUUGGCAAGACCUAUUUAAAGUUGGCCAAGGUACCAAGAAAUCAGAUGAGAGGGGUAUCUUUAGCGUCUCAUAAUCUUCAACAGUCACUGCCUCCAAGAUCAUUCCAAACAAGAGUUAAUAAAGAGAAAAAAAUUGAUGAAGCAUGUGUUGAAAAACCUCAAGCUUAUGGUAAUGUAUGGACUAAUCAUAAUGAAUAACAUAUAGUGAGAAUGUUUAUAAUGUGUUGGGUACUCUGCUAAGCAUUUUGCAAGUAUUACUUAAUACUUUCAACAAUGCUGUCAGCAAAGUGCUAUUAACUAUCUUCAUUUUAUAGAUGAGAAAACUAAAGUACAGGGAAAUUAAGUAACUUGAACAAGCUGACCCAGUAAUUGAUGGAGCCAGAAAUCAAACCCUGACUUCUGGAUCCUACAGUCAAUGACCGUGCAGUACUGAUUCAUUAUGGAAUAAUUGAUUGAUGGUUAGAAAUGUAAAAAAAUAAAACAAAUUAAAAAA